GUCUUUGGUGAUACUGAGCUCAGUCAAAAUGUUGCUUAUUGGCUCAAUAACAUUGUUGAUGAACUUGUGAGUGUGUUUUUCAGGACGUCCAGUACUCUGACAUAGACUACAUGGAGGAGAAGAAGGACUUUACUUAUGACAAAGAACAUUUUAAAGGCCUUGACCAGUUUGCUGAAGAGUUGCAUAGCAAGGGGCAGAGAUAUAUCAUUAUCCUGAAUCCUGGCAUCUCUAAAAACAUGUCCUAUGGUCCCUAUGAGAAUGGAAGCAGAAAGAGAAUCUGGGUUUCAGGAGCCACUGGACCUGUCAUUGGGAAGGUGUGGCCAGGACCCUCUGUUUUCCCUGAUUACACUAAUCCAGAGGGCACUCAGUGGUGGAUUGAUGAGUUGGUGAAGUUUCAUGAAGAACUGAAUUUUGAUGGAAUCUGGAUGGAUAUGAAUGAAGUAGCUGACUUUUUAAAUAAUGAAUCACUGUGUGAACACAAUGAAUUGAACUACCCACGAUUCGUCCCCAAAAUCCUGGAUAGAAAACUGUUUGCACAGACUCUCUGCAUGGAUACAGAGCAGCACUGGGGUCUGCAUUAUGAUGUCCACAGUUUAUAUGGCUACUCUAUGGCAAUUGCAACAGCAAAAGCCAUGGAGAACAUCUUUCCUAAAAAGAGAAGCUUCAUCUUGACUAGAUCAACCUUUGCUGGGUCAGGCAAGUUUGCAGCUCAUUGGCUAGGGGAUAAUGAAGCUUCUUGGAAUGACCUCCAAUGGUCCAUCCCUGGCAUUCUUGAGUUCAACCUUUUUGGUAUCCCCAUGGUGGGUGCAAAUAUUUGUGGAUUUGCAUUGAAUACCUCAGAGGAGCUGUGUAGGAGGUGGAUGCAGCUGGGAGCCUUUUAUCCAUUGUCCAGAAAUCAUAAUGGCCCAGGUUUAAUGGACCAAGAUCCUGCUGCAUUUGGAAGAAAUUCUGUUCUUUUGAAUUCUGCCAUACACUACCUGAAUAUCCGCUACAAUCUUCUGCCCUACCUCUACACCCUCUUUUUUAGAGCUCAUUUCCGGGGGGACACAGUGGCCCGACCUCUUGUUCAUGAAUUCUACCAAGAUUCUGAAACAUGGAAAAUACAUCAGCAGUUCCUCUGGGGGUCUGGCCUGCUCAUCACACCUGUGCUGUAUUCAGGUGUGGACAGAAUAAUGGCAUACAUUCCUGAUGCCAUCUGGUAUGGCUAUGAGACAAAGGUAGCUAUCCCACAGAGAAAGCAAUGGAUGCAGAUGCUACUUCCUGGAGACAAGAUAGGACUUCACCUUCGAGGGGGUUACAUCUUUCCGACACAGGUGCCAGCUGAGACCACAGAAGCCAGCCGUAAAAAUCCCCUGGUUUUCAUCAUUGCCCUAGAUGACAAGAAAGAAGCAAAGGGAGAGCUGUUUUGGGAUGACGGUGAAACAAGAGAUAUUUAUGAAGAAAAACUUUAUUUUUUGGCAGAUUUUAAUGUGACUCAGGAUACCUUGAAAAUCCAUAUUGUGCACAAUAAAUACCUAAAUGAAAUGAAUCCUCUGAAAGUUGGGAAAAUUGAAAUUUGGGGAAUAGAUCAUGGCAUCAUAGAUCAUGUCAACAUUACUUAUGACAAUGGGACUUCUGUGAAAACCAAGUUCAUCAGUGACCCAGAAAAUCAGAUACUAACCAUUCUGUUGACUGACAAGAUGAUCAGCCUGGAAAAACUAACUCAGGUUACUUGGAUGGGUUAUGAUAGUGUGACUACUACUACUCCAGUUACCCCUACUGGUACAACAGGCAUUUUCACAACAAGUAAUUCUUCUACCACUCAUUCCACGACGGAAGUGAAUCCAAACAUUACUACCAACACUGCCUCUUCUACUAGUGCUAUGGCUUUUACUGUUGUUACUGAUACAAAUCCAAACACCUUUCCAAUAAGCUUAUCAUCCAGCACCAAUGCAAUUACUCAUUCUACUACAGAAACCACAAUUCUUGACACUAUUACUACUACUAAUACGAGCUUUGGUGAUGCUAAUACUAGUACCACUCUUCCUCCUCCAAACACCUUUCCAAAAAGUACAUCAUCUACCACCAAUGCAAUUACUCAUUCUACUACAGAAACCACAACUCUUGACACUAUUACUACUACUAAUACGAGCUUUGGUGAUGCUAAUACUAGUACCACUCUUCCUCCUCCAAACACCUUUCCAAAAAGUACAUCAUCUACCACCAAUGCAAUUACUCAUUCUACUACAGAAACCACAACUCUUGACACUAUUACUACUACUAAUACGAGCUUUGGUGAUGCUAAUACUAGUACCACUCUUCCUCCUCCAAACACCUUUCCAAAAAGUAUAUCAUCUACCACCAAUGCAAUUACUCAUUCUACUACAAACACCACAAUUCUAGACACCACUACUACUAGCACUGUUCUCCCUACUAGUCUAAUUACUAUGACCAGUACUAGUAAUGGUACUUCUACCACUACUAAUACUAGCUUUGGUGAUACUAAUAUUAGUACCACUCCUCCUCCUCCAAGCACCUUUCCAAUAAGUAUAUCAUCUACCACCAAUGAAAUUACUCAUUCCACUACAAACACCACAAUUUUAGAUACUACUAGUAUUAAUACAAGUCCUGUUCCCUCCUCUAGUCUAGUCACUUUGAACAGUAUUAGUACUACUAGCAGCAACAGUACUAAUAGUACUAGUACUGAUGAUACUAAUACUAAUUUUUCUAAAGUAUAGUACAUCUACUCCAAGUGCUUUUCCAAUAAGUAUUUCAUCUAACACUGAUAUAAUUAUUCAGUAUACUACAGAUAAAAUUCUAGACACCACAAAUACUAGUACUAGUGCUGUUCUCCCUACCAGUCUAGUUACUAUGAACAGUACUAUUAGUAGUACUCCUAAUACUUCUAAUACUAGUACUGGUGACACUAAUACUAGUACUUCUAUUACUCCAAGUACCUUUCUAAUAACUAUUUCAUCUACCACUGAUAUAAUUACUGACAAUGCUACCGAAACAAUUCUAGACAUCACUUCUACUAGUACUAGUGCUAUUCUUCCUUCUAGUCCAGUUAUUAUGAACAGUACUAGUAUUGAUACUACUAGUAGUAAUAGUGCCAAGGAUUCUAAUACUGAUUAUUCUAAUGUUACUAGUAUAACUACCUCAAUACCUUUCCAAUAAGUAUUUUAUACACCACUGAUAGAAUUACUCAUUACAGUAGAGACACAAUUUUAGACACCACUACUAUUAGUGUUAGUGCUGUUACCCCUAUUAGUCUAGUUACUAAAAACAGUAAUAGUCUUACUACUGCUAGUACUACUAAUGCUAGUACUAAUGAUAUUAACUAGUAUUCCUACUACUCCAAGCUAUCCAAUAAAUAUUUCAUCCACCACUGGUAGAAUUACUCGUUACAGUACUGACACAAUUCUAGACACCACUAUCAUUAGUACUAAUGUUAUUUCCCCUUCUAGUCCAGUUACUAUAAACAAUUCUAAUACUAGUUAUACUAGUAGUAAUAGUACUACUACUACUGGUUAUUCUAGUGCUAAUAGUAUUACUGCCCCAAAUACUUUUCCAACAAGUAUUUCCUCUUCUACUGAAAAUAUUGCUUACUACAGUAUAGCCAAAAUUCCAAACACUAUUAUUACUAGUACCCAUGCUAUUUUUUCCUCCUAGUGCUGCUGCUGCUACUAACACUAGUACUGCUACUGCCCCAAGCAUCUUUUCAAUAAGUAUUUCUUCUAUAUCUGAUGUAAUUACUUAUUCCACUAGAGUCACAGUUCCUAACACCAUUACUACUAGUGUCAGGGCUGCUUCUACUAGUCCAGUUACAAUCAGUAGUACUAAUAUUAGCACUAGCACCAGUAAUACUAGUAGUGCUAGCAAUACUAGUACUAGUAGUCAUAUUACUACUCUAAUCACUUUUCUAACAAAUAUUUUAUUUACCAUUAAAAAUGCUACUUUACAUUUCAUUACUACAAUGACAACAAUGACUAUGAAGGGGACUAAUUCUGGUAUUCUAGUUAUCAUCAAUAGCAUUACUUCAAAUUCCACUAUUGAUACUCUAAAUACCACUUAUAUGUAUAUUUCUGUUAUAAUACCAUUACAGAUAGCACAAUUCUUCAUGUCACACAAAAUCCUGGAAUCAUGGGCUCAACUAAAAAACAAUACAGUAACAAAUAUGGAGGCUACUGUAAAACCAACUACGAUAAAUUUGACUAAUGUUAUAGCUUUAGACACCAUAGAUUCAAUUUCCACAAGUUAUACUAUAGAUUCUAUAAAUGUUACAACUAAUAUUGCAGACAUGCCCACAUCUUAAUUGACACCACCGAUAUCACCAUUACAAAUACAGGCAUGCCUCAGAGGUAUUGAAGGUUUGGUUCCAGAACCACCGCAAUAUCACAAUGAAGUGAGUCACAUGAAUUGUUUUGGUUUGUCAGUGUAUAUAGAAGUUAUGUUUACAUUAUACUGUAGACUAUUAAGAAUGCAAUUGUAUAAAGUCUAAAAAAAUGUACAUACUUUAAUUAAA